AUGAGUCACAAGAAUGUUGUAUUAUGGAACACAAUGAUAGGCGCAUAUGGAACUCAUGGCCAUGGAAGAGCUGAUCUUGAGCUUGUACAACCAAUGCAGAACCAAUCAACUAUUUUCCCAAAUUCAGUUACUUUCACAUUUGCACUAACAGCUUAUAACCAUGCAGGUCUUGUUGGACAAGGGUUCCACCUCUUCAAUAGCAUGAAUCAUGAAUUCAGCACUGUUCCCAUAAGAGAUCGCGAUGGAUGUGUCGUGGAUUUGUUUGCUCGUUCUAGAAGAUUCAAGGACGCAAUGGAUGUCAUAAAUAAAACGCCGUUUGAUCCUGAUGCCUGCCCACCAAAAUAUCGACAUGGGAAAGAUAGUUGCAGAGCAUCUAUAUUUAGUUUCGAAUCAUCAAACCCUGGGGAUUAUGUGACACUCUCCAACAUAUAUGCCAGAGCUGGGAAAUUUGAUGAUUCCGUAAGUGUGAAAAAGCUAAUGGAAGAGUUGGACUAG